AUGAAGACGAUGAUAUCCAAUCUUCCAAGUGAAUUGGUGGAGGAGAUUCUCUCUAGGGUUCCGGUGAAAUCUAUGGGAGCAGUUCGAUCUACUUGUAAAACGUGGAACUCGUUAUCCAAAGAUACGAGCUUUACGAAUAAGCAAAUUGGCAAAGCAUCAGCAGCAAGGGAAAAGGAGUUUGUGAUGAUCAAGAAAUAUUCUAGUGUUUAUUUGGUUAGCGUCAAUCUCUACGAAACCCACAACAACAACAACAACAACUUUGAUCUCUCCAUAAACCGUCGAGGUCAACUUUCAUUUACUGCGACGGUUUAUUGCUAUGUGUAUACAGACAGAUCAAUAAUAGUUUUGUCGUUUGGAACCCGUAUUGGGGGCAAAGAAGAUGGAUCAAACACCAAAAAUGUAUUGACAUGUUUGCUUUCGGAUACGAAAAACCAUACCGUCAACACAAAAAUCUUGAUGUUUGUUUGCUAUAAUCACCUCGAAAUCUAUGAUCUAAGCUCUGAUUCAUGGAGGAGGGUUCUUAAUACCACUCUUGAUCGGAAUAUAAAGAUAGAGUAUGGUAAACCUAGCGUGUCUCUCAAGGGAAAUACUUAUUGGUAUGCUAGAGGUGUCGAAUCACGAAGUUUUUUCUUACUCUGUUUUGAUUUUACAAGAGAGAGAUUUGGACCGCGUCUGGCUCUGCCAUUUGACUCUAAUGUUGAUUGCGAUUUGUGUUUAUCUAAGGUUAGAGAAGAGCGGCUUGCAGUGUUAAUGCGAAGGCUUGAUACGCUUGAGAUGGAGAUUUGGGUUACGAAUAAGAUCGAGCCUGAUGAGGUGUCGUGGAGCAACUUCUUAAAAGUUGAUCAUAUGAAGCUACUCACUUGCUUUUCAGUGUUGACAAAUUUCUUCAUUGAAGAGGAGAAGAAAAUCGCUGUGGUUUUUGGUGAAGGUUACAAGAGGUUUGAAGCUUGCAUGGUUGGAGAGAAUGGUUAUUUCAAAAGAGUGGAUCUCAGAGAAUCAGCAGACAUACAACUUUACCCAUUUGUGUGCUCAUAUGUUCCAACUUCUGUCCAAAUUUUAUGA